CGGGGCGGCCGGGCGUGCUCAUGGCGGCCGGGGUAGCCGCCGAGGUGCUCGAGACCCGCGAGCACCUCUUUAAGGUGCUGGUCAUCGGCGAGCUCGGCGUGGGCAAGACCAGCAUCAUCAAGCGCUAUGUCCACCAGCUCUUCUCCCAGCACUACCGGGCCACUAUCGGGGUGGACUUCGCCCUCAAGGUCCUCAACUGGGACAGCAGGACGUUGGUGAGGCUGCAGCUGUGGGACAUCGCGGGACAGGAGCGAUUUGGCAACAUGACCAGAGUAUACUAUAAAGAUGCUGUUGGUGCUUUCAUAGUCUUUGAUAUAUCGAGAGGUUCCACAUUUGAGGCAGUCUUGAAAUGGAAGACUGAUCUGGAUAGUAAGAUCCAUCUUCCUAAUGGCAGCCCUAUUCCUGCUGUCCUCCUAGCUAACAAAUGUGACCAGAAAAAGGAGGAUGGCCAUAGUCCUCCCCAGAUGGACCAGUUCUGCAAAGAACAUGGCUUUAGUGGAUGGUUUGAAACAUCUGCCAAGGAUAACAUAAACAUAGACGAAGCAGCCCGAUUCCUGGUAGAGAAUAUUCUUGCAAACCAUCAAAGCUUUCCUAAUGAAGAAGACGAUGUGGACAAAAUUAAACUGGAUAGAGAUUGCUCGUCAAAGGGAGCGAGCACAUCGCAGUGCUGCUAA